AUGGCGGAACAAAGCAACAACUCGCAAGAGCUGCCCGAGCGGCCCAAGGAAGAGCAGGAAGGCGAGAAAGGUCCAUCGAAAAGCGCACUGAAGAAGGCGGCCAAGGAGAAGGAAAAGGCCGAGAAAGCUGCCAAACGCCAGGCCGAAGAGGCAGCGAAGAAGGCCGCCGACGAUGCCAACGAUGUCUCGAAAGAAGACUACGGCGACCUGCCCAUGCUCGGCUCACAGCCUUACGUCCCCCACGCCGACUCUGCGAAGCGCAUCAGCCUGACCGAGCUCGCGCAACAGAACGAAGAUGUCAGCGGCAAAGAGGUCACCUUCCGGGCCAUUGUCGAAAAUGCGCGCAAUCAGGCGGCCAAGCUGUCGUUUGUGGUAUUCCGCCAGGGCAUCAGCACGAUUCAAGGCGUGGUCGCGGCGAGCGACAAGCUGAGCAGGCAAAUGGUCAAGUUCGCAGGCAGCAUACCGUCGGAAAGCGUGGUGCUGGUGCACGCGCUGGUGGAGAAGCCAAAGGAGGCAGUCAAGAGCACGACGAUACAACAUCUGGAAGUGCACGUGAAGCAGCUCUUCGUCAUCGCGAAGGCGGAGCCACAGCUGCCUAUGCAGGUGGAAGACGCGGAGAGGCCAUUGCCGGGUGAGGGAGAGGAGCAGGUCGAGAAUGAGGGACGACCGAUCGUGACGCUCAAUACGAGGCUGAACAACCGCGUGAUCGAUCUACGGGGUAAGCACAACCAUGCAAUCUUCACGAUCAAGGAUGGUGUGACUCUGCUCUUCCAGGAGUAUCUCCGCAGCAAAGGCUUCAUCGGCGCCAACACACCUCGCCUGCUCGGCGCACCCUCAGAAGGCGGCGCAAGCGUCUUCGAGGUCUCCUACUUCGCCACAAAAGCCUUCCUCGCCCAGUCACCACAGCUCUACAAGCAAAUGCUCAUCGCCGCCCGCUUCGAGAAGGUUAUGGAAGUCGGACCCAUCUUCCGCGCAGAGAACAGCAACACCGCCCGCCAUCUCACUGAGUUUACUGGCCUGGAUCUGGAGAUGGCAUUCGAAGAAGACUACCACGAAGUCGUGACUCUCCUCGAAGAACUCAUGCUCUUCAUCUUCAACGGCCUGCGCACACGCUACAAGCUCGAGACUGACCUCGUGCGCUCCAUCUACCACGUUGAGGACUUCGCCUUGCCGGCAGCCGGGUCCGUACCAAGACUGACGUUCGCAGAAGGCAUACAAAUGCUCCGCGACGACGGCGUGGAGAUUGGCGACUUUGACGACCUGUCCACCCCCGAUGAGAAGCGACUUGGCGCGCUGGUGCUCAAGAAGUAUGGCUCCGACUUCUACGUCCUGGACCAGUAUCCGCUCGCCAUUCGGCCCUUCUACACCAUGCCCUCUGCCGAAACACAGGCGAAGUACGAUGCUUCCAAACCCAACGACGGCUACUCCAACUCGUACGACUUCUUCAUGCGCGGACAGGAGAUUAUGUCCGGCGCGCAGCGAAUUCACGAUGCGGGCUUCCUGGAGAAGAGGAUGAAGGAGCACGUCACACCAGUCGACCCGAAGAGCGAGGGAUUGAGGGAUUAUGUCAAUGCUUUCAGGUACGGGUGUCCGCCGCAUGCUGGGGGUGGCAUCGGACUGGAGAGGAUCGUCAUGCUGUGGUUGGGUUUGCCGAACGUAAGGUUGGCGAGUCUGUUUCCGAGAGAUCCGGGAAGGUUGGCGCCGUGA